AUGUCUCCCGUAUCGCGUCCAGUGCGCCGCCUGCGCACGAUAGAGAUCGACGAGCUUCCGGCUGGCACCAGCAGCUCUCUCUCUCCAGCGGCGCGUUCGGCGGCCGUGGUUGGGGGCAGCACGGACCUCAUCGGUCACACGCUUCGUGGCUCAAGCCGGGUCCGUGGCGCUAUCGCAAUCAUCUGCGUGCUCUCGAUCCUCCUCGUCGGCCCGUCCCUCCCUCUCGCGCUUCUUCACGCCCUUUGGUCCGGGAGGCUGCACCUCGCCGCGGCGCUGGCCGCCGUAAUUCUUGCCUCCGCCCUGCUGCCUGUGCGCGAGAGCGCGCUGGCGGCUCGGCUCUACCUCCAAGCGGCCGGCUUCCUGCGCCACGGCGUUUCCUUUUGGGUCGAGCGGCGCGUGCGCGUGAUGGACGUGAUGCAAGCCGACGACGGCAGCAUGUGGUGCAUGCACCCCCAUGGCACGUCCGUCGGCUUCGGCUUCACGCUCAACGGCGCCGUCCGAUUCAAGGCGAUUCUUCGACGGCACGGCGGCGCGGAACGGUUGGCAGCCAAGCGGCCGGACCUGUACCUGCCGGCCGAGGCGCCGCUCCUCUUUCGGUUGCCGCUCGGCAUGUUUGGCUUGUUCCGGCAGCGCUCCGACUUUGGCAUCCUGCCGGGCGGGAUGGAGGAGGUCGCCCUGUUCGAGUUUGGUCGCGAGCGCGUCUACCUCAAGAGGAGGAAGGGCUUCAUCAAGUACGCGCUGCAGCACGGCUACCUCCUCCUUCUCGCGUACACCUUUGGCGAGUGCGACCUCUACCGCUCCGUCGGCGCCGGGAAAAGGCUGCGCAUGUGGCUGCUGCGCAGGUGCGGCUUCGUGGUGCCCCUCUUCUACGGAGCGUGGUGGUGCCCGCUCCUCCCGCGUGCCGACGUCGCCGUCCACACCGUCGUCGGCGCGCCGCUGCAACUGCCGCGCAUCGCCGAGCCGACCGCCGAGCAGGUGACGGCGUACCACGCGCUGUACGUCGAGGCACUGACGCGGCUCUUCGAUGACCACAAGGCGCGCUUCGGGUACGCGGACCGGCGGCUGGAAGUAAUAUGAGCG